AUGGACACCGCCGGUUCGGAGUGUCUCGAAAACCAAAACUCUACGGACUGUCUGCUCCGGGCUCUUCUGAACAUUCUUGCGGAGCAAAAACAAGCACAAGAUGCAGGCAUCGAUUGGGAUCCCAUCACCUUCGGCUUUACGCUUUUGAUUGGAUUGGUAGCCUCCAUGAUUGCUCUUGCUACAGUCUUCCAAGCUGUUCUUGCGGGUGGGAAAGGUGGUCGUAGAGCAAAUGGUCGAGCCAUCGGGAAAUGGUCGAAACGAACCACAAGGAAAUGGAUUCUUUCCGAAAUGAGCUGGAGUUACACCGCCUAUACUCCCAUGCUGAGACUGGACAAUCUGAAACGACAGCUUGACGAUGCGAUACGAAAGCUGAAGAACGAAGAAGAGAAAAAGCCGAGGGAGGAAGAGAAACAAAGGCUGCCGCCCUUGCUCCCAGCGAGUGCGCUUGUUAGGUUACUGCCCUCUGAUGUUGUUGGCUCUCCAAUUGAGGCCAGAAGAGUGGAAGCACGAAAAGCACCCAUUCCUGAUGUGCCGUCAUAUCCAGCUACAUGGCUUGCUCUUUUCAAAACCACUGGGUUGGAAAACUUCGACGGGUUUGAUCUUAUGCCAGUCACUGCCGACUAUCUUCCAGAGGACUUUGUUGCCGCUCCUGCUUCUGCAGAGGUUGGCGCGAUUGUGGUAAUCGCAGCAGCUGCUGGGGUCCAGCGGUUGGACGCCGACGCAGAUUUAUACCCUGUCAUCAUUGGCUGCGGCUUCCAAUUUGAUUUCCGUCAGCACCCAGUUCUCGGUGUCAUUGGGGCAUUUUCUGAGCAUCAUAGCAGAGACAACGACAUUACGCCGACGCCUAGUCUGGAAAAACUUCGAGAGGCAUCGCUGCAUGCAAAUGGUCUAAUUGAGCUGCAGGACGGGAAAUCUGCAGACGGGAUAAUCGAGACACACCGGACAGACCAUCGGCUCUUCUUACUGCACCCCGAGUAUAGACCCGUGAUCAAAGGAACAGACUGCUUUCUCCCAGAUCGCUACACCCUCAGCCGGCACUACAUACCGACCGUCGUCUUCCUCUGGGCCAAGUCGCCAAAGUUCACUCCGUCUCUCUUCCCAGGACCAGUGUGGAAAGAGUAUAACCCGUUCACGGCCAUUGCUCUAAACGGAGGGUUUUGGAGUAAAGUUCGAUUCGAUCGAUUUCAAGAAUCGGACUGGGAUGAAAAUGGCCGUUCUCUUUCGUUCUUUAAGCAACCGUUUGAUGACUUAUCAGCUGCUUAA